UCUAAAGUUAGGGCAGUUGUGCUCUGUUUCAGAAAAAUGACCAUAACAGAGGGAGACGAGCCUUUGACGCCGGCCGGCAGAUUAUUCGUCCAGCCGGGGAUGGACCAAAUCAUCAAUUGUGCCGUUUCCGUCGACGAUCCAAUCGACGUUGACGCCGUCAAAUUAGAAAUAAGCAAUUCCAUAUUGGUUAAACAUCCCAGAUUCUCCAGUAUCAUGCUGAAAGACUCAUGUGGCCGUGAACGAUGGCGUAAAACUGAAGUCAACGUGGAUGAUCACUUCAUUAUUCGCCAUCAACCACUCACUGAUGAUCCUUCAAUUUCCGAUGAAGAUGCUGUUAACGAUUACUUAGCGGAUCUCUGUGUUUCAACUCCGCUUAGCUUAACGAAGCCUCUUUGGGAAUUUCAUCUUCUCUUAGCCCAUAAUUGGGCAGUUUUGAGACUUCAUCAUGCUCUUGGUGAUGGAAUUUCACUUAUGUCCAUGUUCAUGUCUUGUUGCCGGCGAGCCGACGAUCCUAAUCAGCGCCCCACAACUCAUGGUAUAGGGACAUCGAGUUCAUCAAACAAUUUUAAUGUGUGGAGUUUGUUGAAGAAAUUGGUGAUGGUUAUAUGGUAUACGUUAGUGUAUGUUACAGAGUUUGGUUUGAGGAGUUUGUGGUUGAAGGAUAAGAAGACAGCCAUAAGCGGCGGAGCUGGAGUCGAGCUAUGGCCGCGGAAAUUGGCGACAGCCAAGUUUAAGAUUGACGAUAUGAAGACGGUCAAAAAAGCCAUCGAUAAUGCGACCAUCAACGAUGUACUCUUUGGAGUUAUAUCAUGUGGGCUCUCUAGGUACCUGGAUCUGCGUUCACCCAAAGCUAUGAAAGAAGGGCUUCAGAUGACUGGAGUUGCCAUGAUUAAUUUAAGAAAACAAUCUGGAUUACAGGACUUUUCAGAGUUGAUGAAGAGCAAAUCUGGAGCACGGUGGGGUAACAAAUUUGGGAUGUUACUAUUACCAGUUUAUUAUCACAAAGGAGGAAGUGAUCCAUUGCAGUUUGUAAAGAGAGCUAAAGCAAUGAUAGACAAGAAAAAGUUAUCACUAGAGGGUCCUUGCUCCUAUAAAAUUGGAGACUUAAUCAUGUCCAUUUUUGGUGCUAAGCUAGCUACCUUGCUCAACUACAGAAUUAUUAGCAAUACAACUUUCACAAUUUCAAAUGUGAUCGGCCCUGCAGAGGAUAUCACCUUUGGAGGGAACCGCAUAUCAUCUGUUAGAGUCACUUCUACUGCCCUCUCCCAUGCGAUCACAAUGCACAUGGUGAGCUAUGCAGGAAGAGCUGACAUGCAAAUAUUGGUGGCUAAAGAUAUCAUCCCUGAUCCCAAAGUUCUAGCCAAGUGUUUUCAGGAUGCCUUACUGGAAAUGAAAGAAGCUGCACAAGCUGUUUCCAAAAAUUAAAGGAUUUAACUUAUACAAAUCGAGAGCGUAAAGAACUUUUUUUUUCCUUACACAAUCAUUGUAAUUUGUUGUGCUACACUAUAUUGUUUGCCUUAUUCCUCUUAUAAUGGGAACUAAGGUAUAUAUAGUUCUCUUUUUAGGUAAAUUACUCAUAAAAAUCAUUCAAGUGGGACAAAGGAAGGGGAUAUGUAAUUUAUUGGUACAAUUACUUGUAAAAGAGUUGAGACAGAAGUUCUCUUUGUUGUUAUUAUUGGACUGUUGAUUACUCCUAAUGAAUUGGCACAUUCAUUGAGGCCUCUUUAUGAGUA